CACCGUCGAUGUAUAUAUGUCUUCCAAUGCCACCAAAAAUAGUUCCCCGGGUUUAGAUAUAUUCAAUCUAAGCUCUUUACUUUGGUUGUUUCCCACUUUCGCUCUCUCGGGGGGAAAAUAUCAUUAAAUUACAUCUUCAUCACUGUCUUACUCUGGUAGUUAGUAAAAAUCCAUAUUACAAACAGAAUCUUUGUAUCUCGCAGUGGUGUGGUUCCUUGUUUCUAUGCAUUUUUCUAGCUGUAUUUUCUGUAAAUGCUGUCUGGUUUAACCGUUUUCUUUUGAAUGGGGAAGAAAGGAGGGACUUCAUGGCUGACUGCUGUAAAAAGGGCUUUUAGAUCUCCUACUAAAGACAGUGCAAAUGACAGGAAAAGUAACCGACAUGAUCAGCAGGAAGACGAUGAAGAAAAGAAGAGAGAUAAGCGGCGGUGGAUCUUCAGGAAAUCGACAAUUCAAGAAACGGUGACGCAGCCUACACCGGUGAAGAGAGUAGGCAAUGGUGGCGGACCUGGUGGUGCAACCUCAGCAGCGGAAAAAAAGCAUGCGAUUGCUGUGGCGGUGACUAAGGCGGAGACGGCGAGGGCUGCGGUGGCCACGGCGCAGGCUGCUCUACAAGCAGCUCGUUUGACUAAACCUAGCUAUGGCAGAGACCACCACUUUGCUGCCAUUGUUAUUCAGACAGCUUUUAGAGGCUACCUGGCAAGAAGAGCUCUUCGUGCGCUAAAAGGUUUAGUGAAGUUGCAAGCUUUAGUGAGAGGUCACAAUGUGAGAAAUCAGGCAAAGAUGACACUCCGGUGCAUGCAAGCUCUGGUUAAAGUGCAGGCUCGUGUUCUUGACCAAAGAAAGAGGCUCUCGCACGAUGGAAGCCGAAAAUCGGCGUUUAGCGACACGAAUAGCGUAUGGGAAUCGCGUUACCUUCAGGAUAUCUCCGACAGAAGAUCAUUAUCAAGAGAAGGAAGUAGCAUAGCAGAUGAUUGGGACGAAAGGCCACACACCGUCGAGGAAGUUAAAGCUAUGCUACAACACAGAAAAGAAGCUGCUUUGAAGCGUGAAAAGAACUUAUCCCAGGCACUGUCUCAACAGAUGCGGAGAGCUCGAAGGAGCCCGUCGGUGGGUGGUCAAGAAGACGAGCUUGAGCCGAAAUGGCUUGACCGUUGGAUGCCUGCUAAGCCAUGUGAUAACAGAGGAAGAGCUUCAGCAGAUCAUAGAGAUAGUGUCAAAACUGUAGAAAUUGACACUUCCCGGCCUUACUCAUAUUUACCACCUAAUUAUCGAAGAACAAAUUCAAACCAUUACCACCAAAGGCCUAGUUCACCUCUGCAUAGAGCUCAACAAAAUGCACCUUUCCACCACUCUCCUAUUACACCCUCUCCGUCCAAAAUCAGGCCUAUUCAAGUUCAGUCCGCUAGUCCUCGUUGUGUUCGAGAUGAUCGGAGCUCAUUUUCAUCUCAAACACCAAGCUUAAGGUCCAAUUACUAUUACACCGGCAGCUUCGGUACAAGUAGCGGCACCGGAAAUAAUGCCAUUACGGUGCCUAAUUACAUGGCGGCAACCGAGUCAGCAAAGGCUAGGAUCAGGUCUCAAAGUGCACCAAGGCAGAGGCCGUCAACACCCGAGAAGGACCGAACCGGUUCUGUGAAGAAAAGGCUAUCAUUCCCUGUCCCCGAACCAUACGGCAUUGGAAUGGGAUACGGAGGUUGCAGUCACAAUUUGAGGAGUCCCAGUUUCAAAAGCGUGAGCGGAUCACAAUUCGGAAUCGAACGACAAUCUAACUAUUCAUCUUGCUGUACCGAAAGCCUUGGUGGUGAGAUGUCCCCAUCUUCUGCUAGUGAUCUCAGAAGGUGGUUGAGGUGAUCCCAUCUAUGAUAUAUAAAAAAAAC